AUGGAUGUCCCAGCAUUCGGUUACCAGUUGCUCAGGCAUGCUUAUCAAUUGCAUAAGAUCGUUCGCAUGACGAGUACUGUCGCACACACUCUUAAAGUUGCGAGUACAAUUGAGAACACACGUGAGAAAGCAUUACUUGGUGGUGGUCAGAAGAGGAUCGACACACAACACGCCCGAUUCCCUUGUGACUCGGUAGUCACUGGUCGCGGUCAAAUCAAUGGUCGCAACAUGUACGUCUACUCACAGGACUUUACCGUUUUUGGUGGUUCACUCUCAUCUAUUCAUGCCAAGAAGAUUACCAAAAUUAUGAAGGAAGCAAUGCUUGUGGGAGCUCCCGUCAUCGGCCUUAAUGAUUCGGGAGGAGCACGUAUACAAGAAGGAGUUGAGUCACUCGCUGGAUAUGCUGACAUUUUUCAGGCUAACGUUAUGGCUUCUGGAGUUAUUCCUCAAAUCUCCCUGAUCAUGGGUCCAUGUGCAGGUGGCGCCGUUUACUCACCAGCAAUCACCGACUUCACUUUUAUGGUCCGAGAUACGAGCUAUUUAUUUAUCACCGGUCCUGAUGUUGUCAAGGCCGUCACUAACGAAGAAGUAACCCAAGAGGAACUCGGAGGAGCGAAGACACACACUGUUACAUCCGGUGUUGCUGUUGGCGCUUUCGGAAAUGAUGUGGACGCUUUAAUGAGCAUGCGCGAGUUGAUGAACUACCUACCGCUCUCAAACAAAGAUCCGUCACCCAUCAGGGCUUGCGAUGACCCAUGGGAUCGUCUUGUUCCAUCGUUGGAUACCGUGGUGCCGUUAGAAAGUACUGCCGCUUACAAUAUGAAGGAUGUUGUUGUUGCCUUGAUUGAUGAGGGUGAUUUCUUCGAGAUCAUGCCCGAUUAUGCUAAGAACAUUGUUGUCGGAUUUGCUCGUAUGAAUGGUCGUACUGUUGGUAUAGUUGGAAACAACCCUAAAUUUGCUGCAGGAUGCCUUGACAUCAAUUCGUCAGUUAAAGGAGCUCGUUUUGUGCGUUUCUGUGAUGCUUUCAAUAUUCCACUCAUUACACUUGUUGAUGUCCCCGGUUUUCUUCCUGGAACUGCACAAGAAUAUGGUGGUAUCAUCCGUCAUGGCGCCAAACUUUUGUAUGCGUAUGCUGAAGCAACUGUACCAAAAAUUACUGUCAUUACGAGAAAGGCUUAUGGUGGAGCGUACGAUGUGAUGUCGUCGAAACAUCUUCGCGGCGAUAUUAAUUAUGCAUGGCCAACAGCUGAAGUUGCUGUUAUGGGAGCUAAGGGAGCUGUCUCCAUAUUGUUCCGUGGGUCGAGAGAUGUAGCGAAGCAUGAGGAAGAGUACAUCGACCUUUUCAGUAAUCCAUUUCCAGCUGCCGUUCGCGGUUUUGUUGAUGACAUAAUUCCGCCGUGUACCACCCGCCGUCGAGUCUGCGAAGAUCUCAGCGUGCUUGAGAGCAAAAAGCAAGGACAGGAUUGUAAAUUUCUCCAGAGGAAGCUGACAGCUCGAGAACGGAUUGCGUUACUAAUGGACAAAGGAACGUUUCGAGAGUAUGAUAUGUUUGCUGAACAAUCGUGCUUGAUUUUGCUCCCUUGUGACUUAAUGGUUACCGGUCGCGGUGAAAUCAAUGGCCGCUACGUGUAUGUCUUCUCGCAGGACUUCACUGUCAAGGUCCUACUCUCCCCACUGGAGAAUACUUAUCUACAGGCGGGAAUUGUGCCGUCUAGGAAGCCAUGCUUGUUGGAGCUCCCAUCAUUGGCCUUAAUGAUUCAGGAAGAGCGCGUAUACAAGGAGUUUGAGUCACUCGUUGGAUAUGCGGACAUUUUUCAGAUUAACGUUAUGGCUUCUGGAGUUAUCCCGCAAAUCUCCCUAAUCAUGGGUCCAUGUGCAGGUAGCGCCGUUUAUUCGCCAGCAAUCACUGACUUCACUUCUAUGUUCGGUUGUUGUUUACGUUCUGCUCGAGACACGAGUUGUUUAUUUAUCACCCGUCCUGAUGCUAUCAAAGCCGUCACUAACGAGGAAGUAACCAAGGAGGAACUCGGAGGAGCGAAGACACAUACUGUUACAUCUGGAGCUGCUGUUGGUGCUUUCCAGAAUGACGUCGACGCUCUGAUGAGCGUGCGUGGAUUAGUGGACUACCUACCACUUUCGAACAAGGAUCCUCCACCCGUCCGUGCAUGCGAUGACCCAUUGGAUCGUCUGGUUUCAUCGUCGGAGACAAUAAUUCCACCGGAAAGCACUGAGGCCUACAAUAUGAAGGACGUAGUAAUCGCUUUGGUUGACGAGGGCGAUUUUUUUGAGAUCUUCCUGGACUAUGUUAAGGACAUCAUUGUCGGAUUUGCUCGUAUGAAUGGUUGUAGCGUUGGUAUAGUUGGAAACAAUCCGAAAUUUGCUGCAGGUACUGCACAAGAGUAUGGUGAUAUCAUCCGUCACGGUGCUAAGCUUUUGCACGCGUAUGCUAAAGCAGCUGUGCCGAAAAUCACUGUCAUUACCAGAAAGGCCUACGGUGGAGCAUACAGAUGUCGACGAAGCAUGGCCGUGGUGAUGUUAGCUGUGCCUGCCCAACGGCUGAGGAGCCGUUUCUAUCCUUUUUUCGUGGAUCAACUGAUUCAACGAAGCGUGAAGAAGGAUAUAACAACCUCUUCGGAAAUCCGUUACCGGCCGCUCUCCUUGGCGAGCUCAGGUUUUGUAGAUGACAUCAUUUUGCCAGCCAUGACCCGUCGACGCAUUUGUGAAGACCUUGACGUUCUAGCGAAUUCAAUCCAAAAAGCUAUUCAAUCCAUGAAAAAGCCUGGGAAAACCCCUUUUUGA